AUGCGAGGUAAAACUCCAGCUGAUCUACUAUUGUUCGAUCCAGAGAUUGAAGCUACAGCUAGGAGAAACAAUAGCAAGACAAGGAGGAGAAAACAAUUAGCUGAGCACAGGAGGGAGCAAGAAGCAUUGUCUUCCUCAAUUUCUUCAGUAAGACAACAGACAGAGACCAUAGCUGCAGAACCAGCUGGUGGUGGAAAUGAGGAUACAAAUGUAGGAUUUGUGAACUUCACUCCAAGGAACAUAACCAGGAUUGGUAGGCCUGCAGGUGCUGCAAGGCCACCUGAAGUGAAGACUGGAUUGGUGCAGCUGAUGUAUGCUAAUCCUUUCGCUGGCUUGGAUCAUGAGAAUCCUUACACUCAUCUGACAAAGUUUUAUGAACUUUGUUGUACUGCUGGAAUUAGCCAAGCUGAGGAAGAAGUUGUAUUUCUGAGGCUCUUCCCUUUAACUUUGAUUGGGCAAGCAAAGGAUUGGUUCUUGGAUCAACCACAGACAACUUUAGCUGAUUGGAAUGAAUUGGAAAAGAAAUUCAUGACCAGGUACUUUUCUGAAUCAAAAUAUAUAGAUUGUAGAACUGCUAUUUCUACUUUUUCCCAAAGUACAGGUGAAAGUUUGCGUGAAGCUUGGGAAAGAUACAAAUCCAUGCUGAGAAGGUGCCCGAAUCAUGACUUUGAUGCCAAGACGCAAAUCCAUCUUUUCAGAAAAGGUCUUCAACAACAGAGCAGGAUAAUGGUGGAUGCAACUUCAGGAGGUUCUUUGAUGACAAAGUCUCCAACUGAGGCCAUUCAGAUCAUUGAGGCUAUGGCUCUAAAUGACCACCAAGAUCAACAUAUUAGAGGACCACCAAGAAGAGGAGGCGUUCUAGAAUUGGGAUCAAGUGAUGCUAUCUUGGCCCAAAACAAGCAACUGCAGCAACAACUGGAUGAAGUGAAAAAGACUCUGAGUGAUCUUCCCAAACAACUUCGGGAGAUGCAAGAUUCUUCCAGGAAGCAGGUGAACAGGUGUGAUGUGUGUACUAAGGAUCAUCCAACAGAAUACUGUCAAUUACAGGAAGAGGAGGUUCACUACCUAGGAAACCAGCAGAGGCAAGGGUACCAGAACAACUAUCCCAGGGGAGGUAAUCAACAAUACAACCAACCUUGGAGGCAAGAUGCAGGGCCUUCCACCAGCAGGGCACCACCACCUUACCAGAACCAGUCAUACCAACAGCCGCCACAGAGCAGGAAUCCAACAUUAGAAGAUACAAUGAAUCAGUUCAUGCAGAUGACUAUGACCAAUCAGAAGAACACAAAAGCUUCUAUUAAGAAUUUAGAGAUCCAAAUGGGCCAGUUAGCAAAGCAGGUGGCUGAGAGUCAUAAAGGAGCAUUCACAGCAAACACUGAACCUAAUCCAAAUCAGAAGUGCAAUGCGAUCUUCACCAGGAGCGGAAAGGCGGUUGGUAGAGAUAUUGAUGAGGUAGUGAGUGAAAAAAAUGAUAGAGGUGAAGAGAAAGAGAAAAUGAGAGAUAAUGAGGAGAUUGAGAGGGAGGUGUUGAAAAAUAAGAGUGAUAGUGUAAAUAGGCAAGAAAAGAGUGAUGAAGAGAAAACAAAAGAAAAAUGUGAGGAAAAGGUAGGUGAUAGUGGAGAGAAAAGAAAGGUGGGAGGAAAAGAGAAUGCAUUUAAAGACAAAGAGAAAGUUAUCCAAAAACCCCCACUUGAGAAGAGACUUCCUUAUCCACAUGCUCCUACCAAGGCGGACAAGGAAAGACAAUUCACUAGGUUCAUGGAUAUCUUCAAAAGGCUUCAAAUCAACAUUCCAUUUGCAGAGGCUUUGGAGCAAAUGCCAACAUAUGCAAAAUUCAUGAAAGAGUUGCUGACAAAGAAGAGAAAGUUUCAGGAUGAAGAAGUUGUUCACUUGGGAGCUCAUUGCAGUUCCUUUAUUCAGCAUUUCAUACCUGAGAAGAUGGAUGAUCCUGGAAAUGUAACAAUUCCAGUGACUAUUGGUACUUUAGCAGUGGGAAAAGCUCUGAUUGAUUUGGGAGCCAGUAUAAGUCUUAUGCCACUUUCCAUAAUGAAGAAAGCAGGUGGUAUGGAGCUUAGACCAACCAGGAUGUCUUUACAGCUUGCAGACAGAUCAAUCAAAUAUCCAGUUGGCAUAGUAGAGGAUGUACUGGUAAGAGUUGAUAAAUUUUUAAUUCCCGCUGACUUUGCUAUUAUUGAUAUUCCAGAGGAUGAAGAAGUUCCAAUCAUCCUGGGGAGACCCUUCAUGAGGACAGCAAGAAUGGCAAUAGACAUGGACAUUGGGAAGCUGAAAGUGAGAGUCCAAGAUGAUGAAGUUCAAUUUGAUCUCUAUGAGGCCAUACAACAUCCAAAAGACAAAGGACAAUGUUUCAAAAUUGAUGCAAUUGAUGAAGUUUGCAGAGAAGCUGAUAAGAAGCCUUGUGUGUUUGAUCCUUUGGAGGUAGCUCUCAUCAACAUGUGA